UGAAACAUCGGUCUCUCUGAGACAGCGGACACGGUUGUUGGCGUGAACAGUUGAGAAGUGAAGAUGUUCUUGUUCGAGACAAGUAACUAGAUAUCGAGCCAUGCCACCACCACCUCGAGAUUCACAAGAAGAUCCAGAAGGAGCUAGGAUACCGGUCUCUUUCUUGGUAGAACGACUCUCAGAAAACCGAGCAGAACUAGCCGACGAGUUGAGCGCAUUGGAGGCCAUCCUAGGCGAGGAGUCAUUCAGCUGCCAGUUCUUGCAAGACGAACACCACCGACUGCACUCGAUCUCUCUCCUCAUCCAACUGGAUCUCGUCGACACUAAUUACGAGGACGAGGACGCUGGAGAGGAUGAUACUAGCUUCGAACUGCUCCUCGAGAUCCCAGACGACUAUCCAUCACAAAACGCAGCUCCUCGGCUGACCUUACUGGCUAAAUAUCUGGGCCCAUUCAGCGUCACUGAAGCCUUAUUGGAGUCGAUCCGGAAGGCGUUCGAAGGCAAGUCUGCCGACCAGGCUAUCCUCUACGACGGAAUCGAGAAUGCGAGAGAGAUCCUCUCCGAGUUCUAUCGGACCGGUCAUCAGAACCGACGGGUCGAGGAAACCGCCCCAGAGGAGGAAGUAGUUCCUGGUGGUCAGGUAUUGUUGGCAGGACCGCAGCCAGCCGAACCAGAUGAAAAGGAUCGAAGAUCGGCAGUGGUCGAGGAAGCUUCAGGAGACGGAAUGCAAGAGUUUGCGCCUGUGGUCCAUAGCAGCCAGCCCAUCGUCGAUCGAAAGAGCGUCUUCAUCGGCCAUGCCGUCGCCCUAGAUAACCCAAAGGACGUUCCAAGGAUCCUGCAAUACCUCCUCAAGGAUAAGAAAAUCGCCAAGGCUAGUCAUAAUAUGGUCGCUUGGAGAUGUCUAGUCAAUGGCUCUCUUCAUCAAGAUAAUGAUGAUGAUGGCGAGUCGGCAGCCGGAUCACGGAUGCAACAUCUCUUGAACAUCUUGGAUGUGAAGAACGUGUUUGUCUGUGUUAGUCGAUGGUUUGGAGGCGUUCAUUUAGGAUCAGACCGAUUCAAGCACAUCAAUCAAGCCACAAGAGAUGCCCUAGUCCAAGGCCGAUUCAUCCCCGGCUCGUCCUCUAAAUCCUCGAGCCCUUCCAAGGCCACUAGUAUACCUGGUCAACAUGCCCUCUCUUCCGGACCCAAGAAGAAACGGUGA